CAAUAUUCUCAUUAAUCAAUACGAAGCUACAUACUGGUACAUACGAGACGAUAAUUUGACGCUAGCUGCAUAUGUUGUGCAUGCCUGUCGUAAAUAGUUUCGAUCCAUAGUGGCAAACAUAUCCGAAAUAAGCUUUAAUAAGUGAACUAUUUUUAUCAGCGUCACAUGGUACUGUGGGUAGUUGUUUGGUCAAAACGUGCGGAGGAGGAAAUGUCAAAAUGAAGUGGUGUCGGUGUAUUCGGUGAUCGGGGAAAGGAGUGUUUUAUUUGUUUAUUCGGGGUUAUCAUUUGAUCAUUUCACACAACUUUGUCCUGACAGUCACAAUGUCGACCCCGGAUCCCGAGACAAGACAAAGUCUGCUUCGUGCAGUCAAAAAGGAGGUGAAGCAGAUCAUGGAAGAGGCAGUCACACGGAAGUUUGUGCAUGAAGAGAGCAGCAGCAUUACCUCCCUUUGUGGUGCUGUGGAGGCCUGUUUGUUGCAUGGCCUCAAGAAGCGGGCCCUUGGGCUGUUCAAGCACAGCACCACCACAGCACUCCUGCAGAAGAUCGCCAAAAACUGUGAUUCAGCCUCCACCGUCACAAAACAGCUGGCUGAAAUCGAGACUCAAAAUGACUCCUCAUCCAAGAAAUCCCUUGACAAUAACAAGAAUCAGACGAGACGGACACUCCAGUCCUUCAACCCUAAGUAUCUGUGGCUGAGAAUUGCUAUCUUUGAGAAACAGCUGGCCAAGAUUCUUGACUACCUGGUACAAAAUCACAGUCGCUACUAUGAAGGGGACGCUCUCAUUGCCGACCCUGUCGACGGACCAAUCUUUGCAUCGUUACUUGUUGGUCCGUGUGCCCUUGACUACACCAAGAUGAAGACGUCCGACCACUUCUGGACGGACCCCCCGGCAGAUGAGCUGGUUCAGCGUCACCGCAUCCACUCCAGCGGCAACCAUGCAUUCACCUCGCCCGGGUCUCCAAAACGACCAGGACUGCAGUGUCUGUCUGUGUGUCCCCAGCUGCGGCGGAACCCCAGCUCCAGCAGUGAGGACAGCCCGAAGGCGUUCCACAUGUCGGCCAGGGAAUACGUGGAGUCACUGCACCAGAACUCCAAGACCACACUGCUGUAUGGCAAGAACAACGUGCAGGUGCAGCCGAAGGAGGACAUUGGUCACCUUGCCGGGUACCUGUCUCUUCACCAGAGUGGGGAGGGCCUCAUGAUCAUGUGGACACCUAACCAGCUCAUGAACGGAUGCUGUGAUGAAGUUGGGGAGGAAACAGACCGCAGCAUGUACUGGGAGUUCGCCAUGACGAUCUACGUUGAUGAGAUUGUCUACAUCCACUGCCACCAACAACCCGACUGUGGGGGUACGAUUGUCCUGGUGGGCCAAGACGGAGUGCAGCGGCCUCCCAUCCACUUCCCCAAGGGGGGGCACCUGCUGGCCUUCCUAUCCUGCCUAGAGACUGGGCUCCUCCCCCAUGGGCAGCUGGACCCCCCUCUCUGGUCUCAGAGGGGGAAAGUUUCUUUCCCUACAGGCAAAGUGUUCCCCAAGUUGAAGCGUAAGGGCAGUCGUCUGUCGAGCGGCAGCAGCCACGGCAGCCAAGGCAGCACCAGCAGCUCGAGUGCUGACGAGGACGAGGCCACUGACUAUGUCUUCAGAAUCAUCGCUUCCUUCAAGCCUGACCUCAUCACUGCUGAAAUGAUGGACCCGAAAGCCAAACCUACAGGAGAACGCUCCCCUUGGCCCGUGCGUCGCCACCUUCCCCCCAGCCCCCUGGCGCAGUCCUCCGUGCAGUCGUACGCCCGAGCGCAGGAAGUUCAGAACAACACGUGUCUCACCCAGUCGCAGGCCAAUCACAGGUACCUAAACUGGGAAACAAGGGCCCACAUCAAGCAGCUGUGUGACACCAUGAGGAAGCAGAUCAUAUCCCGAGCCUUCUAUGGAUGGCUGGCCCACUGCCGCCACCUGAAGACCGUGCGCACGCACCUGUCAGGGCUGGUGCACAACACCAUCGUGGCAGCUGAUGACCCGUGUGAUGCCAGUCAGGGACUCACACAGCAGAAGUGGGAGGAGCUGAAUGUGGAUGGAGUGGUGAAGAAUGCAGGGGAGAUAUACAGACUUGUGUAUUAUGGCGGCAUAUCACAUGAGCUGAGGAAAGACGUGUGGCCCUACCUGUUGGGGCACUACAAGUUUGACAGCCGGCUGGAGGAGCGACAAGCCAGGGAUGCCCAUGUCAGGAAUGAGUACGAGCGGGUCAUGUCCGAGUGGCUGGCCGUGGAGGCCAUUGUCCGACAGAGGGACAAGGAAAUCAUGGCGGCCAACCUCGCCAAGCUCUCCCAGGAGAGCACCGAUGGACAUAUUCCACUUGUGAGAAAAGACUCGAGUUUGAGUAAUGAGGUGUUUGAGUCGUUUGACUCUGAGGAAUAUUCCCACCCUGACACUGUGAUGGAGGAGAGUUCUACAGCAUUGACCACACCGACGCCCGAGCGCAAGCCAAGUAUAGAACUAACGAGGGUCGAUACCAUAGUGCAGACAGACUCGCCGGCCCACCAUCGCAGGGUUAGCUCCCUUGCAGACAGCCCUGACGAUGGGCUGGGUGACUCUAUAGCACGGGGAGGUUCUCUCACUGAUAGGUCAAAAUACGAUUCUGUGGAUUCCGAAGCCACGGACAUUUCGAAGCCUGAGCGUGAGGGUAGUGUGGAGAGGAGUGUUGUAGUGACCAAGUUGUCAGUGGACAGCGCUGUGAUUGAGGAGGAGACAAAUGAUGGGGAGUACUCUCAUUGUCAUCUCAGGGACAAGUUAAGCUCCAUCGGAACGGACGAGCGGUUGACGGAUGCAUUGACUGUAGAGGGCGCCGGUAUGACUUCGGCGUUUGAGCAUGAAACCCUUGAGAGCAGUCGUCACCUGUCGGCGUCCAAGGAGUCCCUCAUAUCCCCUGCCUCUCCUGCUUCCAAUGGUGGCAUCUACUGUCCGGAACUGCUGGACACCGUAGCUCUCAACCUGCACCGCAUCGACAAGGAUGUGCAGCGAUGCGACCGCAACUACUGGUACUUCACCCAUGAGAACCUGGAGAAGCUGAGGAACAUCAUGUGCACGUACGUGUGGCAGCACCUGGAGGUGGGCUACGUGCAGGGCAUGUGUGACCUGGUGGCGCCGCUCCUCGUCAUCCUGGAUGAUGAAGCGUUGACGUACAGCUGCUUCUGUGAGUUGAUGAAGAGGAUGUCCUCUAAUUUCCCCCACGGAGGUGCGAUGGACACCCACUUCGCCAACAUGCGCUCCCUCAUACAGAUCUUGGACUCGGAGCUGUUCGAGCACAUGCACCAACACGGCGACUACACCCACUUCUACUUCUGCUACCGCUGGUUCCUCCUCGACUUCAAGAGAGAGCUGGUGUAUGAGGAUGUGUUUGCGGUGUGGGAGAUCAUCUGGGCAGCCAAACACAUCAGCUCCACUCACUUUGUUCUGUUCAUUGCGCUGGCCCUCGUCCAGUACUACAGAGACAUCAUCCUGGACAACAACAUGGACUUCACCGACAUCAUCAAGUUCUUCAAUGAAAUGGCUGAGAGACAUAACGCUAAGCAGGUGUUGAAGAUCUCCCGGGAGUUAGUGUUACGUCUUCAGACUCUUAUUGAAAACAAGUAGAUCUGCAUCUCGAGACCCACAGCCCCCUGCCAAACAACACUGCCCUGACCUGCAGGUCAAGCAACAGUGCAUAUGCACUUACAUCCUUGUAGUAACUACGCCAUCAAAUGUACGAAUUGAUCACUCUGAUCACUCUGUUGAAAUGAUUAACCUAACAAAUAUAUUGUCAUGCAUAGAUUGACGCAGUUGUUUGAAUGAUACCGUCACUGUUCAUGCAGAGAUACGUUGUUCAGGAUUGGUGAGCCAUUAUUCAUGGCGACAAGUUGAUUUAGCUUCCCAGAUGGGUGAGACAGGUAGAGCUCUACCUCAGAUGUUAAACUGGAAAGUGUUUAACUCGGUAACUACUGUUCCUUAAUGGCUUGACUCGUAUCAAGCAGCUGAAGGGUUUUGAUGGCACCAGUCAAAAUAUCGGGGAGCCUGGAUUGUAUACUGAUGAGUCUUCAACCGCCGACUUCUUACUGGAAUCAAAAGGGUUCGGACUCACAUUCCACAAAGCGAUCUUAGCGCUACGACUAUUGUAAGCCUAUGUUAAAGUAUGGGAGUCAUGAUCACCUUAGCACUAAGAUCGCUUCUGUGUGGAACGGAGCCCAGACCAGUGAUGUGUGAACAUGGUGAAGGCAGCUGAUGUGACUAUCACUUCUUAAUGGUUUGUGUAGUAUGAGAAUUAAAUGGCUGAUCCUGCCCACUGUGAAGGGCAAAUGAUUGACUUUGCCAUAUUCCUUGCGCAGUUUCAGGGAUGUGUGUCCAAGCAGGUGAGGAUGUGGUAACAUGUCCAACCAAGGACAUGGAGCGGAGAUGUUAUGAGGACAUGUGUGGCAGGAAUGUAGGGAAUGAAUCUUAUCGCAAAGAAUGUUUUUUUAAAUCAGAAGUGGAAAUGAUUCAAACAUGCACUAACAUUCCAAUCCAGUCCUUUAAUAACUGACUCGUUUCAACCUGUUUCAAUCUCUGAGGGAUUUAGUAAUCCACUCGGACACGACUUCAUACCGUGGGAUUUUGUCCUCCUGAUGCUCCACAGCACUGUAUAUCUAUUGUUAGUAUCAUAGUGCGUCCACUGGCAUAUCUGCAUUGCCAUCCUAGCCGGGUGAAGCUCUCAUGCUUGUCCUAGCCAGGUGAAGCUCUCAUGCAUGACUUGACUGGGCCAUGCUUUCAUGCAUGGCUUGACUGGGCCCUGCUUUCAUGUAUGACUUGACUGGGCCAUGCUUUCAUGCAUGGCUUGACUGGGCAAUGCUUUCAUGCAUGACGUGACUGGGCCCUGCUUUCAUGCAGGACUUGACUGGGUCCUGCUUUCAUGCAUGACGUGACUGGGCCAUGCUUUCAUGCAUUACUUGACCGGGCCCUGCUUUCAUGCAUGACUUGACCGGGCCCUGCUUUCAUGCAGGACUUGACCGGGCCCUGCUUUCAUGCAUGUUCUAGCCAGCCAGGCAAUUGAGGUGAAGCUCUUGGUCAAGUUGACUUGGGGCAGUCCAGGUUUAGUCCCAGAGGAGAUUCAGGUGUCUGUACAACACUGCAGAUAGUGUUGAAAUUAGACUAGUCAUGUAGAAAUGUAUACUUGUACAUGUUACAAAUGUCAAUGUUUAAAGAUAAAUGUUUCUUGUUAAUAUGACUAGUUGAGCAAGACUUUUUAAUAGUGAGUAGAUUAUUCCUGUGUCUUAAUGCAAAUCAAUUAUGCUAAUUGCAAUUUUAUGUGAUGACUUAGAAAGAGCAACGAGAGGUGCGAACAUUUGUGACAAUGGCAAUAAUGUGUACUUUGAUUGCCUGAGGCUCUCCCCAGUGUAUACUGCAUAUUUACAGGGCAGUUGUUUGAAGGUCUUAUGUGAUAACUGGGUAGUAUUGUGUAAUCCGUUCCUUCAGUUGUGAGAUUGGUAGAGAUGUGCCAAAAUUUAACUGGAUAUUACCCACCCACCCCUCAGUGUUCAAAUGGACUCUACCAAUCGAGUAACCUUAAUACAUGUGUUGCAGGGAUGUUGCAAUGAGAUUAUUUCAUUCUCAUCAAAUAUUACAUCAUGUAUGUACAUAUGCAGCAGAUCUAAUGGUUUGAUUUUUGUUUAAAUUUUUUUUUCUGUAUUUAUCGGAGUGAAACGGUCCAUGAAUAUCAAACUACAUAGUUAUUGGAGGAGAUAUGUCUCACGUUUCAAUCAAUGCUUGUGAAAAAGCUCCAAUUGUUAAGUAGAUGUUACGAGGAUUCAUAAGAGUUGCCUCUCUUAGAUGUACCAGAAUGUGCUGUUCACGGAUUGGAAUGAUGACCCAUGGUCUGUCAUCACUAUAUCGGUGCUAAUUGGAUUCACCAACAUAGUAAACGUCUACGAUCUGUCACAAUAAACUGACGCAUCGUGAUAUAACUGAAAUACUGUUUAAAGCGACGUUCAGCCAAUAUCUCUAACACAGUUCAUAUGUUACCAACUUGAGACCUAUCCAUACAUCCUAUGACCAAAUAUAGGGCAGUGAUCAAUCUGCUGUGUAGAUAAUGUUUUCAAUAGCACUUACAAUGCAUUUACGUUCCAUCCAAAGAAUAACCAUGAUCACACAACAUCUUCAUACGGAUUCCACUUGAAUCGGUCUAUCAGAAAGUAUUGCUUGUAUCACCCAGUUUAUAAAUCAGCUUGUCAGAAAGUAUUGCCUGCAUUAAACAGUUUAUGAAUAAGCUUAUCAGACAGGAUUGCUUGUAUCACACAGUUUAGGAAUCAGCUUGAUGGAAAGUAUUGCUUGUAUCGAACAGUUUAUGAAUCAGCUUGUCAGAAAGUAAUGCUUGUAUCACACAGAUUAUCAAUCAGCUUGUCAGAAAGUAAUGCUUGUAUCACACAGUUUAUCAAUCAGCUUAUCAGAAAGUAUUGCCUGUAUCACACAGUUUAUGAAACCGCUUGUCAGAAAGUAUUGUCUGCAUCAAACAGUUUAUAAAUCAGCUUGUCAGAAAGUAUUGCUUGUAUCACACAGUUUAUGAAUCAGCUUGAUGGAAAGUAUUCUUGUAUCACACAGUUUAGCAAUCAGCUUGUCAGAAAGUAUUGCUUGUAUCACACAGUAUAGGAAUUAGCCUGUCAGAAAGUAUUGCUUGUAUCACACAGUUUAUAAAUCAGCUUGUCAGAAAGUAUUGCUUGUAUCACACACUUUAGGAAUCAGCUUGAUGGAAAGUAUUCUUGUAUCACACACUUUAGGAAUCAGCUUGUCAGAAAGUAUUGCUUGUAUCACACACUUUAAGAAUCAGCUUGAUGGAAAGUAUUCUUGUAUCACACACUUUAGGAAUCAGCUUGAUGGAAAGUAUUCUUGUAUCACACACUUUAGGAAUCAGCUUGAUGGAAAUUAUUCUUGUAUCACACACUUUAGGAAUCAGCUUGAUGGAAAGUAUUCUUGUAUCACCCAGUAUAGGAAUUAGCCUGUCAGAAAGUAUUGCUUGUAUCACGCAAGUAACUGAAUCUGCAUCAUUCACAUGGCAUGUUUCAGAAUGUUAAUGUUCUUGUUUGUUUCCAAUGCAUUUCUUCAGCUGUUGAGAUAACAUGAUAAAGAAAGGUAGGUGACAUGAUGUGUGUCAUGCCUCUCAUUCACCUGUCUCGGUGGUGUGUUUAUAGGAAACAGAGUAUUGUGGAUACUGUUAAGUAAGUUAUUGUUAGACAUAGUAUUGUUUCAAGGUCACACAGAAUGGUACAUUGUAUAUAGAUGUGUAUACCGGUACAUCUACAGCACGUUCAUUAUGUUAAGUUUAUUUUGGCAGAGUUCUGUCUCCAUAUUUCACUGUGUAGAGUUGCAGCCAGGAAACAAUGAUCGGGGAUUCAAACCCCAACUUUGCCCUGAUCACAAUUGGCUUGUCAGCACAAUGCACAUACUCUAGGUUAAACCCAACCUACUCACUUUAUUAGAAUAUACAACACACAUAACGCAACAAUGAUUGUUCUCGAAGAUUUUUUAGAAGAUUUUUGUGCAGCAGUCUUCUUUUAUUUAGAUAUGAAAAAUAAUGGCACCUUGUAAUGUAUAUUAUUCAAAUAAAACAAACUGUUUUGAUGUGUUUUUACUGAAGUAGUGUCAGUGGCCACAGAGAAAUAUAAAUCAUACCCAUUCCUAAUGUCCGCAGCAGACGCAUUCGAUGUAGUAACAUGUGACGUCAGAAUGGGGUCAUGUGACAGGACUGAUUAUCCCGCCGAUUAUCCUCGUGUUUAGUGAACAAAGGUAGCCCAUGUUGCGUAUAUAUGUGUCUGUUGUUUCAUGAACAAUGUCACCACACGUUUAGUUAUCACUUUCUCACCAGUUUGCAUUUGAUUGACCUUGAAAUGUUGACUCUUGAUUCCACGCCAACAUUCCUUUUUAGUUAAUAUGGAUUAUUUAUAGUUUAUUUUCAAAUUUUAAGGUUUUUGUUUUAUUGUACAUCUUUUUCUUAUAUAUCUAUGUAUACAUUUAUUUAUACAUUGAGUUAUGAUUCCCAAGAUAUAUUAACUUGGGGAAAAUGGUGACGUUCUUGUCAUUGUUAUUUUUAAAUCAAAACAUUUGUGAUUAAACCCCAUGUCACCAUUUGCAAAUUUAGACAAAAUAUGCAGUGCUAUGUUCUUACAACUAGUUUUAAUGUCCAGUACCUUCACGACUCCGUGUUAUAUACAGGCUAUUAUGUGUUGUAGAUAGAUCAAUGGCCUAUAUAUUUUACUUCCAGAAUGAAUAUAUAAAUAUAUAUUUUGAACCCUAGAUGUACAUAGAUGUGAUAUAUGUAAUUAUGCUACAAGGUGGUUGUACAGGCUAGAAUCAUGAACACAAUCAUGUAUUUAUUUGUACGAAGCUGUCCCAUGGUGCAGACAGUUGUGUGUUGUCUGGUAGAUCAAGGACAGAGGUAGUACGUGUUAGAGCAAAACUGGCUUUCUGUUGAUGUGAAGCACAAAGAAGAUAGGAAAAUGCUACUGAAAGUUAUGUUGUCUGUUGUUCUAUUCCCUGGUAGUAUUUCUUGUAUGUAGACAUAUGUACAAAUGGAAUUUCAAUUAUCAUUAUCAGAACAGUAAAAGUUUCAGUUAUCUAAUUCUUUUGAAUACUUCGCCUCUAUUACAUAAUAGCCAUAAAUCCCAGUUUGGGCUGUAAUCACUAUGAAAUCUUUAGAUUUUUCAACAUGCAUCCUCCUCGCUGCCAACAUAUCUAGUCAUUUCUAAAUCAUACAGUUUAAUCUUGGUUUUCAGGAAUGGAGUAUUUAGCCAUGAUGGUAUAACGAGGAGUUCAAAUAGUUGGUUCGAUGUUUUGGUUGAUCUGAAGGUGUUAGAAUCAGAAGAUACUGUUAUAUGUUGUUGUAUUUCUGGGUGUUACUGAGUAUUUGAUACCAAGCAUGAUCCACUGGAACAGCCUAUGUAAGCCAGAUGUUUCAAAUGUUCAAAUGUCUGGGCAUUCUGUGCUCAGUAAGACCUGCAUAUCUGAAAACAUGCCUAUUUGCAGUUUUAGAAGGCAGGUAAAGUGAUGUUUGUGUUUUUUUUAGAGAUUAUCUAUUUUUCUAGAUACAUUUAGUCAAUAUCCAAGAGAUAUAAAUUCAUAAUAUUUGUAGGAAGUAUUUAAAUGUCCUAGCAUAAAUACUGAAAUCACACGCUCUGUAAUCAUUUUUACAACAAACCAAUAUUGGGGCGUGGCUAAAGAUAACGGGGCAGCGGUGACAACUGUUUCUUUGGCUGAUAGGUGUGCCGCGUUUGUGACUCUUUGCUGUUAUACAUAGACUAGUCUGCUAUUUCUGUUAAUCCUACAAAAAUAACAAGAUUGUAUACGUUGUUGGAUGUGUAAAACGAGCAUUGAUCUUGACAUUGAAUAAUUAAUAUAACAUUAAGCAAUCAGUAACUAGUAUUCAGUAACUCACAUCCUGUUUGGGUACUAAAACACCAGCUUCCUGCGGUGCUAUUCCACACAAUAAAUGACUGUCAGGGAUUAAUACAAGAUGAGGACAUCAUUAAACAAUAGGGGACUUCAUUAAACAUUGGGGGACAUCAUAUGGUUCCAGGACAACAGAACCAAGAAAAACUGAAAAUAAUAACUGAAGCUAAGGCCCAAUAUUACUUGAACUUUCACUUGGAGACGACACUCUGUGUAACUGUUCUGGAAGUAAGUGGCUGGAUCUGGCUGUGGUAUGUGCAGUACCCCACGAGUACAGCUUCUGUGGUAUAUCCCCAGUUAUCUAGCAGAAUGAAUUAAGGUCCUCACAAUAAUUACUCCCAAAAAUAUUUUCAGUAUUUUGGCAUAUUGACCAAUAAAUGUCCAUAAAGAAAGAAGAAAGAACGAAAUUUCAUUAUUAUGCUGCUUAAAUGAAAUAAAAACAAAAUGUCAAAUGUUUGUGAGUAAACCAGGGCAUAGUAAUUGAGUCUUACCAAUGUGAAACUCUGUGAAGAUCCAAAACUCAAGACUAUAAGCAUUUUUGAUGCGUUGGAAAAGUAAGGUUUGGCUUAAAGUAAGGAUUAAAGAUUACAUUUUGAAUGAGGUGGAUGAGUUUGUAGUUAACAGAAACUAUUGUCAGUAAGGAUUGUUCUGUUUCUAUUGUGGGGGCACGGGUGGCCCAGUCGUCUAAGGCGACGAGAUUUGCUGUGCAGAGUUUUGUCCUUGGGCAUGCCAGAAACCUAUGAUUGUGGGUUCAAAUCCCGGUUUGCCCCGAUUAUGUUUCUAGGUCUGUCAGCACCAUACCUGUGCUUGUGGGUUUCACUGAAGUGGUAAACGUCUGAGACCUGCAUCACUUGGGGCUUUCCUCCCACAUUAAGCUGACACGCCGUGAAUAACUGGAAAUCUGUUAAAGCGUCGUUAAACCCAACUCACUCACUCACUGUUUUUGUUGCAAGGUAGGUAUAACCUAUGUCUGGUUUGACCACAGCACAUCCCCACUCCAACAGGAGACUCACUUGCACAUGUGUUGGCAUGUGCUUAUGUUUUAGGUAUUCAAGGGUAGUGGGUAGCCAAGUUGUUCAAGUGUUAGCUCAGAGACCUGGUUUGGUUCCCAAUGUGGGUACAGUAUGUGAAGGACAUUACUUGUCAGCCUCUGCUGAUGUGACAGACAUGUUGCAGUGUACAACCUCUUCACUUUGCGUAUUCUAAUGGUUAACUCCUAAUUAAUGUUACAUGUUUGGAUAUAAGUACUUAUUUAAGCUCAUGUUGAACCAUCACCAUCUGGUUCUAUGUUUGUUUGACCAGCAGUUUUUCGACUUCUACUAAUAGUAGAAGUAAAGGUCAUGUUGGUAGAACUUUGUUGAUCCUUGUGUCAGUUACUUUGUGAUCCGUUAAGAUCGGGGGUAGAAUAGGUCUUCAGCAACCCAUGCUUGUGACUAUGCUUGUCGUAAGAGGCUACGAACGGGCUCGCUGACUUGGAUGAUGCAUGUUAUCAUAUCCCAAUUGCGUGGAUAGAUGCUCAUGAUGUCAAUUACUGGAUUGUCUAGCCCAGACUUGCUAAUUACCGACCGUUCUCAUAUUGCGUGAAUAUUGCUGUGUGCGGUGUUAAACAAGAAACAAACAGUUACUUUGUAUGUAAUUUGAAACCAAGGCUUAUCAAUCAAGACUCUCUGCUGAUGGUCAAGACAUUGACAAUGGCCAGAUGAGGAUGGUUUCAUUUAUGCUCUUGUACUUUCCACAAUUACUCUCAAAUGGGGGGAAUCUGUUUCUUGUUUUAGCUCUUAUUGGAUUCAAUUCUGUCUCAAGUCAUUGAUUUUGUCAUAAACAAAGAACAUUUGUUUCAGAAGUUCUUUAUGAUAUCUCUACAGCCUUGCAGUCAUUGACUAUUGUGCCACUUAUUUGUGCUCAUUAUAUCAAUCACCAGUUUGCCUGGACUUGAUUUCUAACAAGCUCCAUGAAAUAGCUACAUGUUCCCGAUUGCUGUUUAAAAUAACAAACAUAUAGCAUGUAAGUGCAAUCCAGGAGUGAAACGGGGCGGUUUGGUAGCCUACUGGUUAAAGCGUUCGCUCGCCACGCCGAAGACCUCGGUUCGAUUCCCGACAUGGGUACAAUGUGUGAAGCCCAUUUCUGGUGUCCCCUGCCUGAUAUUGCUGGAAUAUUGCUAAAAGCGGCAUAAAACCAUACACACACACCAACUCCAAGAAGUGAAACUUUAAAUAGAUUAUAAAUGUAGAAGAAAUGCUGGUAUAUGUACUUAGUAGACCAAUGAAGUAAGAUUAUUUUUAUGGUUAUCCCUUGUCUGGAAGAUAUAACAAUAUUUAUUUAACUUUGAGUGCUGUGAUAUAUUGCUAUGAUGACGUCAGAGGGUUGUCCAGAUCUGGAGGAAGGACAAGGAAGACAAUGAUAGUGCCGAUGACAUCGUUGAACAUUGUAUGUGAUGUACUUAAGCACCUUGCAGAGAAGUGUACACCAUGUACUGUGAUCAUAUGUGAAAUUGUCGUGUUCAUUUGUUGUUUUGUUAUUUUGUGAAAUAUGUCAAUAAAUAUAUGAGUAAGA